AAGCUACAGAAACUCUUUUGCGGAAGUACAGUUUUUUUUCUCUCGAUCAGUCCACUUUGCUCCGUGGCGUUGUUUAGAAUAAUGAUUUUUGAUGCUACUGCUUUUUAGUCCUUACACGGUGAGCUGAAUAUCUUGGUUCUAAAUCAUGUGUACACUGAUGGAUGAAAUCCAAAUGGAUUCCACUGUAACACCUGCAAGAGAACAGGCAGAUUGCGAUCAUCAAACAAGAUGCACCAGCGGUGUUCCUGACUUUAUCUGAAUAAUGUGACAUGAACGAACAAAGUAGCUUUUUUUUAUAGCAGCACUCAGAACAAACGUCCACCUUGUUGUUAAUCUAACUUGCUCAUUAGAGGGGACCUUUUUAACAUUCCUAGAAUAUGCAUUGGACCUAAUUCUGUCCAGCUUGAGGUAGAUUUACCUGACGUGAAAGGGAAUGCAGAGUCGUCGCCCAUAGACCGGAUGCGAGCGUGAUGCCCAGGCGAAGCUUUCCGCUGCAGGGACGGAUGCGCUGGCUGUUCCUGGGGCUCGUCCUGCUGCUGGUCCUCUUCCUCUUUGCUUACUUGCUGGAGUGCACUCCCCCAGCUGACGUCAGCCUGGUCCUGCCUGGCUUGGGAGGGGAGUCCUAUGGGAAGGACUACUACCGUGCCCUGCUGCAAGAGCAGGAGGAGCACCACCUCAGCCGUGCCGCCAGCCUCAAGCGGCAGAUCGCCCAGCUCAAGCAGGAGCUCCAGCAGAUGAGUGAGAAGCUCAAGGACCUGCAGGACUGGAAGGAAGGCCUCGGGGUCCAGGGACUGGCUGAGACCAAGGACCAGGUGCCUGGGGAUCUCCUUGAAUUCCUCCACUCCCAGAUCGACAAAGCCGAGGUGAACACAGGAGCACGGCUGCCCAGCGAGUACGCCCUGGUCCCCUUUGAGAGCUUCAACUCCGGUAGGGUGUAUCAACUGGAGAUGGGGUUGACCAGGCACCCAGAGGAGAAGCCUGUGCGGAAGGACCGCAGGGACGAGCUGGUGGAGGUCAUUGAGGCGGCCCUGGACGUCAUAAACAACCCAGACGAGGAGGAUGGCCAGGAGGAUGAUGUGCCCAUGCAGAGGCAGGCGUACACUGAGAGCCACUUUACUGAGGGGCUGUACAGAACAGAACGGGACAAAGGCACACUCUACGAGCUCUUCUUUGCAGAAGAGGACUCCAACAAUUUCCGCCACGUUACUCUUUUCCGUCCAUUCGGUCCUUUAAUGAAAGUCAGGAGCACAUCCGUAGAAACGUCCGGAGUCGUCAUCAAUAUCAUUGUACCAUUGGCGGGCAGAACAGAUGCAUUCUCACAGUUCCUACACAACUUCAGGGAAGUUUGCAUAAAACAUGAUAGGGAAGUGCAUCUUACGGUGGUCUACUUUGGACAAGAGGGCUUACGAGAGGUGAAGUCUUAUUUGGAAAAAAUGUCCAGGGAGGAGAAUUUUUCCAACUACACCCUCAUCCCAGUGGACGAGGAGUUUUCCAGGGGCAGGGGUCUGGACAUCGGAGCCCGCGCCUGGAAGAAGGGUGACGUGUUGAUGUUCUUCUGUGAUGUGGAUAUCUACUUCACACGGGACUAUCUCAACACCUGCCUCCUUCACACCGCUCCAAACAAGAGAGUAUUUUAUCCAGUGGUUUUCAGUUUGUAUAAUCCUGCCAUAGUCUAUGGAAAUCUGGAGCUGGCUCCCCCCAUUGAAAGUCAACUUAUUCACAAGAAAGAUGCUGGAUUCUGGAGAGAUUUUGGCUUUGGAAUGACAUGUCAAUAUCGCUCAGACUUCCUUAAUAUCGGAGGUUUUGACCUGGACGUGAAAGGUUGGGGUGUGGAAGAUGUCCACUUGUACAGGAAGUACCUGCGGAGCGACCUGAUCGUGACGCGUACACCAGUAUCUGGCCUCUUCCACCUGUGGCACGAAAAGCAGUGUGCAGACGAGCUGACUCCAGAACAGUAUCGCAUGUGCAUCCAGUCCAAAGCCAUGAAUGAGGCAUCCCACUCCCACCUGGGCAUGCUGGUGUUCCGCGAGGAGAUCGAGAAUCACCUCCGCAAGCAGGCCUAUAAGACCCAGGGCAAAACUGAAGACUGAAUUAUGCCUUUUUGCUAGGCGGCCAUCUUAGGUACUCUGCAUCAGAACUCCUUGCUUUUUUUUUUACAAAUACAAGAACUGAGUUGCACAUGCUGUUACUAACAUGACUAAAAUGCACUAUACAGAAGACCUGUUUGCACAAAAUCCUGUUACAUUUUACAGAUUAGCUAAAGACAUGUUUGGGAAUGUACAAAAAUUUACAUUAUUAAACGUGAAGCGUCAACUUAAACAAGACUGAGUGACACCACCUGCGUCAACACAAAAAGACAUAUUUGAAGUUGGGAAAAUUUGCAUGACCUAUCUAUCAAGUUAAGGCAAUGUUCUUGCCUGUGAGAUCAAGCAAUCAAUGGACAGUGUUCUUUAAAAAAAAUGUAUCCCAACAAUAACUAUACUGCCAUAGUUUUUAAUGUCAAGAUUGAUUUAAAGUUGUACAGUGAUUUUUUUUUUUUUAAAGGGACCUUUGUUUGAAUAGGCUUUGUGGAAAUGAACACUGCCUCUGAUUUAACAGCAUCGAAAAUGAUUUCUUAUCGGUUUUAAUUUAGUUUAUUUGGGAAAUGUACCGACAUGUACAGAUCUGACUGGAUAAUUGAACCUUGUAGCCACUCAAUGUGGUCAAUCUUAAAUGGAAUGUAUAAGUCAUCGUUUUAUUGGUUUUCAGCCACGGAUUGUCAUACUUUGUCUAAUUAGAGAGGAGGAUAUUAAAGAUAUAUCCCUCCUGAGGCCAUUGAUAGUUAUGAGACUUGGGGCUCUUCAAUCACUGAAGCGUUACCUUUCCUAUCUCGCAAUCUGUAUUUGCCGUAUGCAGGCUCCUCUAACACGGAAACAUUGCCUUUUAAAUUUCAAUCGGGUUGUAACGCUGCACUUGCGCGAUAGAAAUGUAAAGGUAAUUUCCGAUUUAUGCAGUGUUUACCCUUAAUGCAGUCUCCGCUAACAAGGGGGAAAUUGCCUUAACAUUUCAAUCACGUGGUACUUCUGUGAUACAGACUUGGUUGAAGAUAAAGGUUUAAACGCAAUAAUUCCGUGCAGAAGCGUUCCAAAAUAAAUGUACCGGAGCAAAAAUGACGUGUGUUCGCAGUAAAUUAAGUUCGCCAUCAAAGUGGACAAUAAACACAAACGUAGCGAAUUUCAGAUAACUACCCAUCAAACACAGUUUAACUGUUUUAAUUUCAUUCUAUACAUUUAAAUGAUGUCACAUUUUCAAUGCUAAUCCUGAAGAAUCAGCAACCGUGCUGGGCCAAUGAAUAGAAUUAUUACAUUGUCUUAAUGUAUUUUUUUCGACCUAGGGUACGGAUUGAAUUAGAGCCCUGAAUCAAAUCAAAUUUAUAUAGCCCUUCGUAAAUCAGCUCAUAUCUCAAAGUGCUGUACAGAAACCCAGCCUAAAACCCCAAACGGCAAGCAAUGCAGGUGUAGAAGCACGGUGGCUAGGAAAAAUUCCCUAGAAAGCACAAAACCUAGGAAGAAACAGGCUAUGAAUGUCGGCAGGUACCAUUUAAAAAAAAAAAAGUUCUUUAUUGAUAAAACAUUACUUGGAACUACCCACUGAAGUGUAAAAAAUGUGAUGGUAAUUUAGAUUUACAUAAAGUCCAAAGGAGCAAGCAAAACAUGUUUGCGAUUAAGUAACAGGGUUGCAUUCAGUAUGACAGAACGGUGUGCAAUGCUGAAUUCAACGAAAACGGUAUUGUAUUGAAUGACCAGUUGAAAAACUAUGAUCAAGGUGGCCCACCUUUUUGUAUCAAACAUGAGUCAUGACUGCCUUUGAGUUUCUUUCUGUUAAAUGCUUAUUUUCUCAUUAAACAUUGCUCUCCUCCCUCUA